UUUUUGAGGGGUUUUUCUUUCGAUUUCCGAUUUUCGCAGAUUUUUCUGUAGCUCUGUUUUUUGGAGGGAAUUGGAAUAAGUCUGGGCGCCAGUAAUGGUUGGACCUCUCCCCCGUUCCAAUUUUUCAAAUUACAUAUGUAUAACAGUCAAACUCUACAACAACCCCUAAUAACCAGAUACAUAUACCUAAAUUUAAGAACACCUGAAUUUUGUAAAAUUAAGUUGAGGCAAAAGAGAAAUUUAAACAAUAUCCUCUAUUUAAUGUACCCCUCAUUCCCGCCCCUAAAAGGGCUGGAAAAGGAGGUACCUCUUCCUAAAAGGAGGUACCUCUUCUUUAGCUUUUUAAACAAUACUCUCCAUUUAAUGUACCUCUCAUUAUAAGGUCUGCCUUUUAUAAGGUAAAUACCCCUUUCUAUCCUCACAGAUUUCCAAAAAAUAAUUAAUCAAUUUAUAAAAGUCCAAAUUUAUUGUCUUCAAUUUAAAAAAAUUAAAAUUCUCGUGAAUGUCCCCACCAAAAUUAUUUUUCAAUUUAAUUUCCUUCCCCCCUUUUUUAAUUGUUUAUCUUCUUUUCUCUUCUUUCCUUUUCUGUGCGCGAUAUUUUUGUUCUUAAUUAAAAACCACCCAUUUCUCACCCCCAAAAUUGUUAUCGUGGAACGAUUAGAACGGAAGUGGUUAGUGACGAGACAACAAUUUUUGGAGUAGGAAAAGAAUUUCUUUUUUUUAUUAUCGAAUGGGGAUGUUUGGAGGGUAAUUGGAACAAGUUUGGGCGCCGGUAAAGGUUGGGCGCUAACGCUUAUAAAAUACUUGAAUGAGCAUCUAGAGCUAUGAAAUUUUGUAGAGAUAUACCCUAAUGUGUUAUC